AUGGAGGCCCUCCGCAGGGCCAAGUUCAAGUUCCCUGGCCGCCAGAAGAUCCACGUCUCCAGGAAGUGGGGAUUUACUAAGUUUAACGCGGAUGAAUUUGAAAACGUGGUGCCAGAAAAGUGGCUCAUCCUGGAUGGCUGUGGGGUCAAGUACAUUCCUAAUCGUGGCCUCGGGACAAAUGGCGGGCCCUGCACUCUGACCGAGUGCCGAGCCAUCGUGGACAGCCUGCAGAGGUUUUCCUCGCUCCCUGCUUACCUUCCCACGAGCUUCCACAUCUCUGACGCAGAAGAGUCCUUCUUCCUGAAAGAGGCCAACCAGGAUGUCACUCGGAACUCCAGUCUGCAGGCCCGGGUGGAGUCAUUCUUUAUCUACCGAGCCAGGAGCCCCCCGAUCAUCAAUGCCAGCUAUGGGCCGUUUUCCGCUGAAAAGACGGUUCCCCGGGAGCUCCUGCUGACCGCUACACCCUUUGGCACCAUGGGCCAGUUUCCCUUCCACUGGAAGCUGAAAGCCCACAUCCUCGAUAGCUCCAUUUACUCCAACAGACCCAAAGUGCAGACCUUGUUCUACAUCACCGGGGUGGGCUGGGCCGAUGGCGGGGACCCUGCGGAACAGCUACCCUGCGUCAAAAUGUUUGCUUUCCCCGAGGCCCGGGAAGUGGCGGCCAGCUGUCGGCUGCAGGGGACCCCGGGGCUGUGUGUGGCCGAGCUGGAGCUGCUGCCGGAGUGGUUCAGCUCCGGGCUGGACCUGGAGCCCGAGGAGGAGAUCCCAGCCCUGCUGGGUGGCACCGCCAUGGAGCUCUUCUUCACGCUCUACCCGGCCGACCAGGCCGGCCAGUGUCCCCUGGAGGAGGACGGCAAGUGGGAGAACAACAUCCACUCGGGCCACGACAGCCCCCCGCCCGCGCCUCCCGCCCGGGAGAGGAUCGGGAGCGUGGUGGUCUACCCGACCCAGGACGAUCUGAAGUGGUCCCUGCUGAGCCUGGAUGAGAACGUCGUGGUCUCGGUCCCUCUGAACCUCGUCCGGGAAGGGGACACUGCUACCUUUUUGGUCUCUCUGACCAGUGGCUCUGUGGCUGACCACUUCACUCUUAGAAUUAAGGCAGCAGCAGGUGUGAGAAUAACUGCAGUGAGAGUCAGCAGUGAAGACCAGUGGGCCGUCCAGGAAGAAAUAGACAACGACAGUGUUCAGACCACGGCCACCCUCACCUGUGUGGGCCAUCACCUGGACACACAGAGCAGAACAAACGGCUCCUUCUACGAGAUCUUGCAAGUGGACUUCGGAAUUGACAACAGCAGUGGCCUGGCCGGCGCGCAGCAGAUCACCUGGCAGGUGGAGUACCCGGUAGAGGACGCCACGAAGGAGCUGGUCGUCUCUGAGAUCUUUGUUAGCCAGACCUCCUUUGUGGGCAUUGUCCCACUCGCAAUGGACUCGGAGGUUCUGAACACGGCCAUUCUCACCGGAAAGGCUGUUUCGGUUCCCGUCAAGGUCGUGGCCGUUCAAGAGGAUGGGUCGGUGGUGGACGUGUCGGAGGCUGUGGAAUGCAGGUCUGCGGAUGAAGACGUCGUUAAGGUCUCCGAUGGCUGUGAUUCAAUUUUUGUGAAUGGGAAGGAGAUGAAGAGCACAGUGGACACGAUCGUGAACUUCACCCACCAGCACUUCACAUCCCAGUUAGAGGUCACCGUCUGGGCGCCCAGACUCCCCCUGCAGGUUGAGAUCUCGGACACGGAGCUGAGUCAGAUCAAAGGCUGGCGGAUCCCAGUGGCCUCCAACCGAAGGCCCACCCGAGACAGCGAAGAUGAGGAGGACGAGGAGAAGAAGGGGAGAGGGUGCUCCCUGCAGUACCAGCAUGCCCUCGUGCGUGUCCUCACCCAGUUCGUGGCCGAGUCACCCGACUCGGGUCAGCUGAGCUACAUGCUGGGCCCCGACUGGCAGUUUGACAUCACCGACCUCGUGAUGGAUUUCAUGAAGGUGGAAGAGCCGAGAAUUGCUCAGUUACAGGAUGGCAGGACCCUGGUGGGCCGGGAGCCGGGCAUCACCACCGUGCAGGUCCUGUCGCCUCUCUCUGACUCUAUCCUGGCGGAGAAGACAGUCACUGUCCUGGAUGACCGAGUCACCAUCGUGGACCUGAGCGUGCAGCUGGUGGCCGGCUUGUCUCUUUCCCUGCAGCCACACAGGUCGGACAAAAGAGCCAUCAUCUCAACAGUGGCCGCCCAGGACGUUCUUCAAGCCCCACAGCAGGAAGCAAUAGUCAGUUCUUGGAUUUUGUUCAGUGACGGUUCGGUGACACCUUUAGACAUUUAUGAUCCCAAGGAUUUUUCAGUUACUGUCUCAUCAUUGGAUGAAAUGGUGGUGUCUGUCCAGGCAAACCUUCAGUCCAGAUGGCCGCUUGUGGUUGCAGAAGGGGAAGGGCAGGGGCCCUUGAUUAAACUGGAAAUGAUGAUCAGUGAGCCCUGUCAGAAGACCAAAAGGAAGAGCGUCCUUGCCGUGGGUAAAGGCAACGUCAAGGUCAAAUUUGAACCCAAUAUUGAUGAACCCCCAGGAGGCACCAACGAUAUCGAGGGCAUAAACCGGGAAUAUAAAGACCACCUCAGUAACACCAUAGAGCGCGAAGGCAGCCAGGAGAGAGCUGUGCAGGAGUGGUUCCAGCAUGGCGCCUCUGUUGGUCACGGGGAAAGUACCAACAAAAGCACAACCCCACAGGCCCCCAUGGGAGGAAAGGAUAAGAAGAUGCUCAAGAGCGGUGGUCCAGACACCUAUACAAGCUUCCCCACUCAAGGGAAGUCGCCGGAACCCCAUAACCCCAGUGACCUCACGGUGACCUCCAGGGGGUUAACCGACUUGGAGAUUGGCAUGUAUGCCCUGCUCUGUGUCUUCUGCCUGGCCAUCUUGGUCUUCUUAAUCAACUGUGUGGCAUUUGCUUGGAAAUACAGACACAAAAGAUUCGCCGUGAGUGAGCAAGGCAACAUCCCCCAUUCCCACGACUGGGUCUGGCUCGGGAACGACGUGGAGCUGUUGGAGAACCCGGUGGACGUGACCCUCCCGUCAGAGGAGUGCACGACCGUGAUCGACAGGGGGCGGCAGUUCGAGGAGAGGAACUUCCUUCUCAACGGCGGUUCCCAGAAGACUUUCCAUAGUCAGCUGCUCAGACCUUCUGACUAUGUCUAUGAGAAAGACAUGAAAAACGAACCUCUGAGUUCGUCGGGCCCAAAGAGGAAGCGGGUCAAGUUUACUUCCUACACCACCAUCCUCCCAGAGGACGGCGGCCCGUACACCAACUCCAUCCUGUUUGACAGUGAUGACAGCAUCCAGUGGGUGUGCCCAGAUAUGGGGCUCGGGGAGUCCCAGGGCUUUAGAGACUAUAUGGAGAGACUGCAGGACCACAUGUAA